AUGAGAAACAAGUUAAACAACCCUUUGAUAUUUAUUAUUCUAAUUCUUCUCGCCUCCUUAUUUCUUAUUCUUGGAACUCUUGCAGUCUGGAAGUACAAUCAAAAACUCACAAGGGUUGCUCCAUUGAGAAACCCAGAGAACUCUCAUCCUUCCGUAACCCAAAAACGAAGGAAUGUAUGUGAAUCUCCGGAAUGUGUAACACUAGCUCAUCAGCUGCUAAACUGGCGUGAUACAACCGUAGAUCCUUGCGAGAAUUUCUAUAAAGCGUCAUGUGGAAACUAUAUACAACAUACGUUGUCGGAUGGUACUAGGAAUGCGAAAAAGAGAAAAAUCAUCAAGAAACUUAUCAAAGAAUUCCUCGUAAAAAAUCAUACGACAACCUCGAAAUCAGAAAAUACUAUGAAGCUAUUGUAUUGGAAGUGUCAAGAUUUGAAGAAUGAAACGAUCUUAGAUCUUAAACUCAAGAGGACAAUGAAGGAAGUUCUGAAAGACAUUCGAUUCCUGGGAACUUGGCCUAUGAUAGAUGAGAAUUGGGAGGCGUCGAAAUUUGAUUUGAAUGCUAUACUCAUCAAUAUGGCCAAAUUAGGUCAGCACGAUUUUGGUCUUUUCAAACUCCAAUCAAUAAACAAGUGGGAACUGAAAAUUGUUUCAGAUUUUGAUACUGCUAAACACAUUCCUGAACACAAAAUAAUUAAUAUGAUUUCUGCAAUUCUAACUGCCAAUAACAUUACAUCAAAGGCGAAUCAAGUUCUCAAUGAUAUCAGAGAUGUUUACAGCUUUUAUGAAGAGUUGAAAUCGAAUAUUUCGGAAAGUGUGAAACUGAAAGAGAUCGCUCCAAGUAUUCAGUUUGAGAAGAUCCUGAAAAACCUGCUGCAUCCAAAGACUGGAAAUUGGAAGCAGUUCAAAAAGAAGAUUUCAAAUGCAGAUCCCGUUUUUGAGAAUUUCGGAGGGAGUCAGAUAGUGAGAUAG